CUAAAUUGUAUCGCUACCAGAGUAAACAUGCCUUUCGGACGUCUUGAAAUUACUGUUGUCGAAGCAAAAAACUUGAAGGGUGGAAGCUUCAUGGACAAGGCCGAUCCUUAUAUCUCCUUGUCUACAGACAGACAGAAUACACAAAAGACAACUGUCAGUAAAGAUGCUGGAGCAAACGCUACUUGGAAUCAAAAUUUUUAUUUUGACAUCGUUGAAGGACGUAAUGAACUUUACGUGCAAGCAUAUGAUGAAGACCCAGGCAGCGAUGAUCUUAUAGGCGGCGCAGUCGUUCAAUUAGGUCCACUCUUUCAAUCUGGAUUCGCUGAUGCUUGGUUCCCUCUUACAAAACAAGAUCGUAAUACUGGAAACGUUCACUUAGUCAUGAAGUUCCACGGCCAAGGACCAACAUCUGGGCCUACAGGAUACGCGCCAUACCCAGUUUCUAGCGGUGGUCAGGGUGGAUAUUCAACUCCACCAACUCACCACGGGCCCACCGAAUAUUCCAGUCUCGGACCGCAGGGAGGACCCAUGCCAACAGGUUACGGUGCAGGAACGCCACCUCCACCCGGUCAACCAGGAUAUCCCCCUGCACAACCUGCUGGCUAUUAUCAACAACCUCCACAGCAACCGUUUGGUGCUCCUCAACAAACAGGUUAUCCCCCACAAAGUGCUAGUUAUGGUUCUCAACCGGCCUACCCUGGAAGUGCUCCACCUUCACAAAGUUCUGGCUAUAGUGGUCAGCCGGGAGCUGUAUAUCCUGGUAGUGUUACAUCACCGCCAUCAUCUGACAAAGCCCAAAAAGAAGGUGGAUCUGAUUGGGUGAAAACUGCUGGCAUAGGAGUUGCUGCACUUGCUGGUGCUGGUGCCUUGGCGUACGUUGGAAAGAAGAUGUACGACGAACACGAAGAAAAGGAAUUUGAGAAACACCAUAAACAGGAAGGGAUGCACCAUUCUCAGCAAGGAUAUGAGUAG